AUGUCGACUGGCACUACACAGAUCACAGCUGGCAAAGACGACGCAGACACCAGUCUUCGUCAAACUAUCGACCACAUCCGUUCCAAUCCUGCUUUAUAUUCGACUCCCACCUCUCCUCCUGAGCUACGCAAAGAACCUUCUCCCUCCAAGCCGCAACGUCGAUCACAAGCCGCAAUCAAUACUGAUGUCUAUGCGACACUAUGCGUUUCGAAAUGA